CGAUACUAUUGUUGAGUGUUGCGCUGGUUCUGGGUUGCAUAAGUCCCUGCCACUGCUCCCAGAACUCUGUCUGAGCUAUGCCUGCAACCUAAAGGAACAACUCUCCCCCUUUCUGGUCACGUUAGUGCCUGAGGAACACCCCUAGCUGUAGGGAUAGGACGGACUAUAAGGAGACAUUGUGGAGGAAGACAGAUCUACAGCAGAAGGAGGGAUCCGACCCAGACAGUCUGCACAGAGCUCUAGACUCUGAGCCACCGUGGUUCACCUUUCAGAGCAGCCAUGUCAGAGAAGAAGGUUCUCUCCUACUCUGACUCCAUCCUGGAGGCAGGGGGGUCCAUGAGCCGGUUCCCCCUGAUCCCAGUCCAGGGGGUCCCCCUCAUGAACCACAUCGCGGACAACUGGGACAGCAUCUCUGCCUUCGAGCCCCACCCCUCGGACCUGCUCAUCGCCACCUACCCUAAAGCAGGCACCACGUGGACCCAGGAGAUCGUGGACCUGCUGCUCAACGAUGGAGACCAGGAGGUCUGCCACCGUGCGCCCAUCGUCGUCAGGAUGCCCUUCCUGGAGAUCUUCUCUCCUCCUCCCGUCCCCUCGGGUCUGGACCUUUUGAAGGAGAUGCCCCCCCCAAGGGUCAUUAAGACCCACCUUCCCUUCCAGCUGGUCCCUCAGGGCUUCUGGAAGAACAAAUGCAAGACCAUCUACGUGGCUCGCAACGCCAAGGACAACCUGGUCAGCUACUUCCACUUCGACCGCAUGAACCAGACCCAGCCGGAGCCCGGUCCCUGGGACUCCUACAUCCCCAAGUUCAUGGAGGGAAAAUUGGCGUGGGGGUCCUGGUACGACCAUGUCAAAGGUUACUGGAAGGAACGAGAGAAAAACAACAUCCUCUACCUCUUCUACGAAGACAUGAAGGAGAACCCGCGGCGUGAGGUGGAGCGCAUCAUGCGCUACCUAGGCAAGUCCCUCCCUGAUGAUGUCAUCAGCCGCAUCGUGGAGCUGACGUCCUUCAAGGCGAUGAAGGAGAACCCCAUGGUUAACUACACCUUCAUCCCCGUGCCCGUGUUCGACCAGUCCAUCUCCCCCUUCAUGAGGAAAGGCGAGGUCGGAGACUGGAACAACCACUUCACCCAGGAGCAGUCCAGGGUGUUUGAUGAAGACUAUGAAAAACAGAUGAAGGGCAGCAACAUCCCCUUCAGAACCAACAUCUGACCGGACCCCCUGCUACUGUCACCAUGAUGACCCUCAGCCCAUCUCAGACCCUCAUUGAUCAACAAAGACUUACUAUGCAACCAAUUAAUUUGAUUUGAAGUCCUUUCGCCGAGUGGUAGAGUGAGUUUGACAGUGAGUGAAUGAUAGUGGUAGUUGGUGAAUGAGUGAUAGUACAGUGAUUGAUGUAAUGCAUUCCAUCUGUGGCUGUUUUGUUUUUGUUUCCUUUGUGGACUGUGUGUGUUGUCCCGCCCUCUCGGACUCUCUGCUAUAAAUAAUUACACGUACAAAACUAUUGCCAAGUGUUGUGAAGGUUCUGGGAUACGUACGGUCCUUCCACUGCUCCCCACACUACCUGUCUGGGCUCUGCCUGCAACCUAAAGGAACAACUCUCCCCCUUUCUGGUCACGUAGGAGCCUAAGAAACAGCCAGAGCUGUAGGGAUAGGACGGACUAGAAGGAGACAUUGUGGAGCAAGACUGAGAUCUACAGCAGAAGGAGAAAUCCGACCCAGACGGUCUGUGCAGAGCUCUAGACUCCUUUCAAAGCAGCCAUGUCAGAUAAGAGGGUUGUCGCGCUCUCUGGCUCCAUCCAGGAGGCAGGGGGGUCCAUUAUCCGCUUCCCCCUGAUCUCAGUCCAGGGGGUCCCCCUCAGGAACCACAUUGCCACUAACUGGGACAGUAUCUCUGCCUUCGAGGCCCACCCCUCGGACCUGCUCAUCGCCACCUACCCUAAAGCAGGUAUUGCAUCACAGACCACACUCAAGUCUUGUCAGGACACAGGGUUAAACUAAAGAUUGCCAUAAGCAACAUGCCAUUGAAUCAAGCAAGGUUGAAUAAAGGUUAAUAAAAUAUAUGACUUCAAAUGUAUCGUCAAAAUAAAGAAGGAAGACACUCUGUACUCACUGCUGGUUUGGGGUUCAAUAAAAACAAGUUGUAAACAUUA